UUUCGGUUUCCGUCGCCGGCGCGUAGACGUAUGACGUCAGCAUAACAACAACCUGUCAUGACAGCUCGUAUGAGAAAAAAAAUAUAGAGUAAAAUUUGAUAUAUAAAUCAUACAAAACUGUAAAACCUGGAUGCAAGAUUCCUUAUACACGGAGGGACAGGGCAUUCUUGAACCUGUCAGCUAGCCAGCCGAAGAGACGGGGAACAGGAUAGGGAAGCAGGCCGAGGCGGGCCCCGCGGAGCCGGCGGAGAAGAUGGCCGGCAGCCCGGAGAAGAGUUCCACCGCGCAGGAGCUGAAGGAGCAGGGGAACAGACUGUUUCUGUGCCGCAAGUACCAGGAGGCUGCUACAUGCUACAGUAAAGCUAUUAACCGUAAUCCGUCUGUGGCGGUGUACUACACAAACAGGGCUCUCUGCCAUGUGAAGCUGCAGCAGCAUGACAAGGCUCUGGCAGAUUGUAAGCAUGCACUGGAGCUGGACAGCCAGUCAGUAAAGGCCCAUUUCUUCUUGGGCCAGUGUCACUUGGAGCUGGAGAACUACGAUGAGGCAAUAGGCAACCUGCAGAAAGCUUAUAAUCUGGCAAAGGAACAGAGGCUGAACUUCGGAGACGACAUCCCCAGCGCCUUGCGCAUUGCAAAGAAAAAACGUUGGAAUAGUAUCGAGGAGAAGCGCAUCAACCAGGAGAACGAGUUACACGCCUAUCUAACCAAACUGAUCCUGGCUGAGAAGGAAAGAGAACAAGAGGAAUACAAAGAGAAACAGGACGACAAUCAAAAUGGAGGCGAUGUGGCUAAAAUAGCUUCUAAACAUGACAAGUAUCUGAUGGACAUGGAUGAGCUCUUCUCUCAAGUGGAUGAGAAAAGAAAAAAGCGAGAGAUCCCAGAUUACCUGUGUGGGAAGAUCAGUUUUGAGCUGAUGAGGGAGCCCUGCAUCACACCAAGUGGAAUCACUUACGAUCGCAAGGACAUUGAAGAGCACCUACAGCGAGUGGGUCACUUUGACCCGGUCACCAGGAGUCCUCUGACCCAGGACCAGCUGAUCCCAAACCUGGCCAUGAAGGAAGUAAUCGAUGCCUUUAUCCAGGAGAACGGCUGGGUGGAGGACUACUAAAGGGACCCCCCGCCUCCCCUCUCUCCGUCAUACCCCCCUCAAAACAAAGACUGGACAACACAAGACUUUAGAGAACAGAUCACCCUCUUGCCUGGAUAAGAACUUUACACAGCAGUCAAAGCCACAUUAAGGACUACCAGACGAGAGCCAUAUUUCCCUGUCCGCCUCCUCCUCCCCACAUUUUAUCUUUGCUGUAAAACUUCUCGCUCCAAUCUUCUGAGGCUUGAUGUUUCAGGCUUGCUUCUCCCUUUAAAGCCCUCCUUCAUUCUGCUCUUUCUCUACUUUCUCUCUACGAUCACUUCAUGUCAUUACAUCUCUAGGCUUGACUCCUUUCUUUAGUCAAAAUAAGGGGCCAUGUUCUCAGGUCUCACUCCCUCCCUCUCUCUCUCUCUUUCUCUGAGUGCCACAAUCCUUUUACAGCAUCAGCAUUGCACUCCAGUCUUUCACAGAAACCACCAAUAUUUAAAAAAAAGACAUAGGGUGGUUUGACUUAUUAAGAUAUUGGCCUUUUAUUUGGCAUUUACUACAGUAUUUCUUGAUCUUUUUUUUUUCCAUUCAUCCUCCACUUGUUGAUGUAUAUUUGCUGAAGUGGAAUCUAAAAUGCCAAAAACCUGUUCUCAUGAGGUUGACCAGUUUGUAUGCAAGUUUUACAUCAUGAUACAUGAGGAGUAGUUCUAGAGGAUUAGGUCCCUUCUCCCCACCUGACACCAUACUGUAAGGUUUUCAGUAGAUUGUAAAGGUUUUUCUUCUUCUUUGCAUAUCAAUCCCAACCCCAUUACAGACAAUUGAAAUGAGUUGAAUGUAUGAACAAUGUACUCUUUAGGUUUGACCUGCGGUAAUUCAAAAUGUGUUGUUUUUUUUAUCAGGACAAUGAACUAAGGUUUUCAUGAAAAGCGGCCUUGAACUCUUUACAAAAAAAAAGGAAUGGAAACAACAGCUGCAUACAAAUAUAACAUAAAUAUAAACAAAACAAUGACUGCUCACUAAGAAGAACUAACAGUUUUCACAUUGCUGGAUAUUAAUGGAUAGUGUUGAAAUGUUUGACUUUUGGUGGAUGACAUCAAUCGCUCUGGUUGAUGUGUAAAUGAUCUGUGCUGUCUGUGUCGGUCAUAAAGAAAUGUGUUUGGGCGUUGUGUUUGGCUCGUGCUGUUUGCCUGGAAUGACAUCAGAUCAGAUCAUCAAGCAUGACCUUCAGUUUAUUUUCCUUUUUUAGAGGCAAGAAAAUGUCUGUUUUUUCUUGUUGCCUUUUUGCUGUUAAUCUGACACACUUUCUCUCCACCUGUAACAGAAUACGGUUAGAGCAGCGUACACAAAUCAAUCCUCCGUUUGAAAUGCUGGAAGAGUUACGACCAUCGGAUCUCAUUCAUACCUCAAUCCAAGCUCAUUUUCAGUUCAGCACUAUCAGUUUACCUGUUUUCCAGCUGAAUGUGCGUCUGUGGUGAUUUAGGCCUGUGGGUGUUGUGUGUCGGCGUGCAGGCUCUGUAAAUACGUUGCUUGUGUAUCUCAGAUUUUAUUUCUUGACAACAUAGGUUUCUUGUUUACUGGAGAAAUCCUAGAGCUUGACAAACUGUAUUAAAUGUAGAUAUGUUGAUAACAUGAAUGCCUGGUUCUGUUUUCAUUUGUCCCCAUUAAACCGUGACCUCUGA